GUAUGUGCCAGAUGCGGCCCGUAAUAAUGUGAUAGGUAUACAGGAGAUACAUGAAGCUAAGCAGUAUACGUGUUUGAGUACAACCAUAACCAUUCGAUUAUGAUGGAAUCAACUACAAUUACUUGGUAUAUUAUACGUUCAGUGUUAUAAAAUUUUCUGUCUGGCAAAAAUAUGAAACACUACACACUGCUUCCACUAAUAAUCAUUGUGUGUUUAUGCCAAAGAUUGGAAACAUCUUUUUACCUUAGAACAAGAAAUAUUUGCAGUAGUCGUGACAAAGUUUCUAUUAUCGGUGGGGAACAAAGACGCUUAGUUACAGAAGGAGGUCGGGUAACACUAAUAUGUUGUGUACCAGGUAAAAGUAAUGGUCAUGAUCAUGAACAACUUGUAUGGAAUAGCCCGGAUGGAAAAGAAUUAGUAAAUUAUUUUUCUAACCCAAUAUCUGAUAAUCAACACACUGCAUAUUCUGUGCCUGAUUUUCACUCAAAAGAUCACUUGAUAACUAUGAUGGUUAUUCAGAAAUUCCAAGCCAAAGAUAGUGGCCAGUAUACAUGUAGAAACACACACCCUAGUUCUACAGCCCUUCCAGCUAGUGUCUUUAUAGAUGUCAGACCUAGGCUUUUGGCAGACUUCAUUCCAUUACCCCCAUCUAAUGUAGAGGAUUCUGGUUCAGCAGUUGUGGCUGGUGUUGCAGUGUCUGUCGCUCUUGAAGAAGGACGAAGAGGAGAAAUAAAAUGCCGAGUUAACUCACAACUUAAUCUCGAUAGUGUUCAACUUACGUGGUUUUUUCAGGGUCGUCAACUAAUUACGCCGUCGAUCGUAAUGAAACAAAUAGGACAAAAGAAUUUGUUUAAAGUCAAUAACACUAGCCUUGAGAACCCUCUUACUGAAAUGGAAAAUCCUGAUAUUUUUCCAUCAUCCUCACAUGAAAGAAAUUUUGCAUCAGGAUCAAAUCAGCUGUUUACCGAGCAACUAAACCGCCCUGUUGCCCUUGAUCCUGAAGAAUUGGGUAUACGAAUUUCUCAGAAUGGACAAAUACUAGAUAUUUCGAGAGUGGAUACACGUCAUUCAGGAAUAUUUUUAUGCAAGGCAGAAACUGUUAAUCCAACAUGGUCACCACAAAAUUCAGAAUACGAUUCACGCUUAUACGAAAGUGGAGUUGUAACUUCACCUUUCUUGAUACAAAUCCAAGCCAUUCGUGGCAUAGUUUAUUCACGUCCACGUUUACUUCCGGGAAGCCCCAUGGAAAUAUUCUCUACAACUGAUUCAGAUGAAUCACAGUUGGUGGAUCCAUAUAAACACUUUGUUAACAAGCGUCAGGAUGAACAGAGCUUAGAUACAAUUCAAGGUUCAUCCAGUUAUUUGCAAACUGCCUUGCCUUUAUGGCGUGGUAAUGAUAAAGAGAAAGAAAAACCUAUUAUGACAAAUACAAGAAAGAUAGUUCAGGAGGGUGGAAGACUCAUAUUAGAAUGCCAAGCUCGUGGGAGACCGAGUCCCCAACUACUCUGGUAUAGAGGUGGUAUGGGAUCUUCAACAACAAAUAGUUCUCAGGCUAUUACAUUUGAUCAACGGAUCAAGUCAGCAUUACAGCACUUACCUUUGGAAGAUGUACAACGAGAACUGGGAAUUCUUAUCGCUGACUUCGAUCAUAUUUUUCCUGCUGUAAUUAACAUGGUAAAUAUAUCAAAUGAAGUUACAAACAAAGCACCUGAAAAUCGUGGAAGCAUUCACAGAAAAGCAAUACAAACACAUGAAUUAGGUCGUUUUCAGUUGUCUACUGGUCUUCGAAAAGAUGACCGGGGAGACCCCGUUAUAGCAAUGUCACGCCUAACAAUCAAUAACUUAAUGCCUUCAGAUGCCACUCGUUAUACUUGUCUUGCCCUCUUGAAUUUGAAUUACUAUGGUGGGGUUGGAAAUUUUACUGAUGUUGGGAGCAUUCUUCCUGAUGUUGUUCUCAGACCCAGAUUUGUUCGCUCAGGAACUAAUUUAAAAGCCAGCGGAUAUCCUGGAGAAAGUUGCAGGCUAACGUGUGAAGCAUACGGCGGUCUUCCGAAUGAAAUGGGUCUACGGGUUCGGCUUUUAAAAGGUCCUGGUGUCAACAAACUAAUUUCUUCUUUAUCUUAUUCUAUGUAUUCAGAAAAUAAAAAUCCUAUGUUUAAAUCGUAUGAAGAUCUUCCUGAACCUCAGUCAGUUCAUUCUUCAUACACCAACACAAUGUUUAAUCAUAAAUCAUUCGUUAAAGACAACGAAUUAAGUGACUGGUUUCCAUCUGAUACACAGUACACAAGUUUGUUGACUGGAAAUGGCAUGAGCGAUAAAUCAAAUAACAGUGAUUUUAUUGAAAUUGUCAAACCUGGUAUGAAUCCUCGAUAUCACUUGAAAGUUGAACCAGAUCCGCGAAAUCCAUACGCAACAAUUCUACGUUUGGAUAUUACAGAUCUAACACCGGAAGAUAAUUCAUUUUAUUUAUGUGAAGCACUCUCCGGACCUCAUUGGCGAGCAGUUACUCCUACAUCAUCAGAACCGCCUGGGAGAGUGACAGUUUGGUUCGCUCCACCUGUCGCAGAGCCUCGACGUAUUAGCGAAAUAUCAGACCGAUUGGAUGCGGAUGAAAGUGAAACACUCUCUCAACCUGGCAAAUAUGUUGUUUAUGGUCUAUCUCAUUUACCUUCUAAAAUAGCUUGUCAAGCAUUAGGACAACCAACACCUCAAUGGAAAUGGGUGGGACCACAAAGUGGACCGAGUGUACCAUUAGGUGAACUAAAUGAUCCGAAAGGUUAUAUUAAAAUGGACUAUCAAGACGGCGAAUAUUCUGUAACUGAAUUAACUGUUCCUGCUGGUUAUUGGAAUGUCGGAGUAUUUGGUACUUAUUCAUGUACUGCAACCAAUAGAUUGGGCCAUGCUACUGGGCAUGUUCGACUGCAGCUAGCUAGCCAUCCUGGUAGACCAGCUUUAAGGGCUUGUAGAGUUGAAGCGACUUUAAUUGAAUUGUGUGUUGAACCUCCAAAUGAGACAGGUGGUUUGCCACUAACUCAUUAUGAAUUAAGAAUUCAAACUCAUCCACGUGGUGCUUUUCAUGGGCCUUUCGCUUAUCUUCCUGGUCGCAGAGUGCUGAGAUUACCAAAUCUUAUUCCAGGUUAUUACUAUCGAUUUGCUCUGUCAGCCGUAUCAAGAGCAGGAAGAGGACCAAAUGCAUAUUUACAGGUUACAACUAAUCGAUUAUCUAGACCUGUAAUUAAACUACUUGCUUCUCAGGAUUAUAUUAGUCCCACAGGAUAUAAUGUUCAUUGGAAUACAGAAACUACAAACGGUAUGGAUAUCAAUCAAUAUAAUAUCAAUAUAAGACCAGUAGAAGUUGAUUAUUCCAUGGGUUUGAAAAUCAGCAAUAAUCUUCAUCCUCACAGUGAGCUUCCAUAUUUUUACCGUACUAGUCCUGAUGCUUCCAGUGAAAAACUUUAAAUUGACACAAAUUAUUUGGGAUCAAAAAUUACUAUACUAUUUCUUUGUUUGUUGGCAGAUGGCAACAAAUCAGUAAGACAGGAAAUAACUAAAUGCUUAAUAUCGAAUGCUGCUGUCACAGAUAUCAGGUGUGGUCGCACUGUUCCAAGCUCAACCUCCGUUAACCUGCGCACCCAAGAAUUACUGUUGUACCUCAGAGGAUUGCAAUUGUGAUUGUGAUGCACAUUCCCACGAACAAAAAAUCAGUAACCUUCACUAAACUUACAAAAGAUGAAGGCCGGACAUUGAGUGUUCAUGGAAGUCCUUCGUCAAAAAAAUAUAAUAACACUAAUCAAACUACCUCCUUUGUCGAAUCGGCUGUGAGGAACCACUAGGUGUUCUACGGCCAUUUCUCCAACAUACAAAUUUAACAUACGAUUUCCGAUCUCUGUGGAAAUGCGAAUCUCUCACCACAUAAUGGCAGUACGUGGAUCUUCCAUAAGUUCUGAUCGCGCACUUUAACGCUUCAAUUGAUUGGAACGCUAUGAGAUACAAUGUAUUCAAGAAUACAUUCUCCGUUUCUGUGACAACGUGAGAAAUGACAGAGCUUGUACAUGGUAUCGAAAAUCGUCUUCGCGUCUUUAUUUCACAUCCAAUAUGUUCAACAGCAUUCAUCGUCCAAUUACACCUUGUCUUCGCCUAAAGCUUGUUAUUUUCUGUCCUUCCUAACUCUUAUCCUGAACUACUGACUAACUUGGCAGGACAAAUCAAUGGAAUAUCAUGUGAGUUUCUACGUUUUAUUUUAGUAGUGUAGCUAAGCCUACUCAAAAUCAUUUUAUAGUUGGGAUCUUCACAACACGCAAUCAAUGGUGACAGGCAAACUUGUUGAAUGGUAUUUGUUUACUAUAAACCACAUGAAAAUGUCAAAGAUUAUUAGUAUACGCAAUACACGCCUAAAUAAGACAGGCGAUAUUUAGGAUCAUAUCCUCCACACGAUCCUUAUAAAAUUUUAUCAUACUUUGGGUGUGCCGAAAAAAUUAUUUCCAAAUUUCUCUUACGACAUCGUAUGCAGUCUGAUCGUAUUUACAAUUUCACACUAUCAUAUUACAAAUUUAAACUCUAUCCUUUCUUACCAUAAAGGUCACACAAGUUUUCAUUCUUAAACAAUACACAUAUACAUACACACAAAUUUACAUACAUAUCACUUAUGAAUCACCUUGACAGAAAUGACAUGACAUCAACUUGUUCAGACUUGUUUUUGAUUGAUCCAAUAUUGCAUUGUUCCGUUGUACUAUUUAAACUUGGAUUAAUUUUAAUUUGGUUGUUUAUUCUCUGAAGAAGUGACUUACACUAAGUCACGAAACGUCAGAAAAUCCAAUUUUCUACUCAUUGGGAUAUUACAAAUAUAUUAUUUUUAUUUCUGACACAAUAGUUUAGUAAGAUGUACAAAUUGAAUAACGGGUAAAGUUAAUGUAAGUUCAUACGUUAUAUACAAUUGUUUUCUACGUAAUAUACACCAUGGAUUCGGAUGCAUGAUAACUCGGACUAACACAAUAUUCAGUGAAAAUAUGUAAAUGGAAAAUAUAUGGUGACGCUAACAUCACCACCUUAUGAUUCAUUAUGUGUGAUUUACCAAUGAUAUAAAAAAUUUUAUGAAGAGUACUCAUAAACUACGAUAAAACAGAAAAUAGUUACUAGAAUAUCGCAGCAAUUUAUAUUUAAUAAUGCAGAUCAACGAACUACUAUCACUUUCUUUAAAAGUAUUUUUUUUCUAGGUCUCUUCCAAUAAGAUUUGUAAUUACAGUUCUGUAAUUUACAAUGCCGAAUCAUUUUGCUUGGGAAUGUACAAUACUUAUAAAUACAUAUUUUUUGUACUAAUA